GUUGGAGGGCGGAGGUCGGUCACUCCCUCGCGCUGCUGCAGCUCAUUACUCUGAAAACAGUUCAGAUCCAGCACCAUGAGGGUCGGACCGUUCGUCCUGCUGUGGGUGCUGACCUUCACAGGAAACCAAGCGCAGCUGGAUGUUUGCGGCACCGCUCCGCUGAAAGUAGCGAGUGAAUCCAGGAUUAUCGGGGGCCAGGAUGCUGCUGCGGGGUCGUGGCCCUGGCAGGUCAGUGUGCACACGGGGGGUCGUCUCUGCGGAGGUUCCCUCAUCAGCACCCGCUGGGUCCUGAGUGCCGCCCGGUGUUUCCCCAGCGCCUCAGACGUGACCGUUUUCCUCGGCCGCGACACACAGGAAGGUCCGAACCCUCACGAGGUGUCCCGCUCGGCGUCCCUGGUCAUCAAACAUCCGAACUUCGACGAGAAGACGAAGGAGAACGACGUGGCGCUGCUGCGGCUGUCCUCGCCGGUGCAGCUCAGCGACCACAUCAGGCCCGUGUGUCUGGCGGCGGACCGGAGCUUCUUCCCGGACGGACUGAGCACCUGGAUCACCGGCUGGGGGGACAUCCAGACCGGCGCGUUUCUUCCUUCACCUCAGCGGCUGCAGGAGGUCAAAGUUCCCAUCGUGUCCCACAUUCAGUGCGACGCCGCCUACGGCUCCAUCACCACCAGCAUGAUCUGCGCCGGUCCGGAUGUGAGGGGCCAGGGCUUCUGUGAGAAGGACUUGGGCGGCCCGCUGGUGACCCUGAACGGCUCCCGGUGGGUCCAGGCCGGCGUGGCCAGCUUUGCCCGGGGCUGCGGUUAUCCCGACUUCCCGGGAGUCUACACCCGGGUGUCGGCGUACCAGUCCUGGAUCAGCAGCCAGGUCUCCGACCCCGACCCCGGGCCGGGCUUCAUCACCUUCUACUGCUCCGGAGCCGCUAAGGACGACGUCCUCCGUCUGUCCUCGCUAGCCUCCGUCCUGCUCUCGCUCUGGAUCCCGUCAUAGAAAUGUCUCAGAAGUCCAUCGUUUUCUCUUCGUACUUUGUUUCUUGUAUUUUAGAAAAUGAUUAAAAAUAAAACAAUCAAAAGGUCCAGAAACAUAAUUUAAAGACUCCAAAUAAGGAACUUCAGCCUCUAUUUCUGUACAAUUACAGACACAGUUGGACAAAUCAGGAGGCAAGGUCUUGUUUUAUAAAUGAAUUGAUUAAACCUUAAUGACUGAUAUAAUCUGUUUGCAUCAAAAUGUUCCCUCGUUAAUGUUGUACAUUUCUGAUAAUUAAAAGAACCAGACAGUACUGGUGCUGAGUGAGGACGGGCCGGGACAGCCUGCAAUAGAGUCAGGGGGCAAACCCUAAGAUUGAUAACUCUGCUCACGCUUCUGGGUAAAGUUUGACAACCUUAUUUUUUUGUUAGAAGGAACCCCUAGGAGGAAUAAUAGGGCUGUUGUCAUCUUGGAUUUUUUUGGAGGCGCUGUAACAUCCAAAUACUCAAUUCAUGCAUAUGGUCACAAUAAUGGUCAAAAUGUACAGUUUAUAUGCAAAAUCUUCAAUGUUCAACAUUUUAUAUUUAGGGAAAUGGAUAAAACAUCAAUUGAACAUAUUUUUUUUUUUUUUUUUUUUAAAAUUGUAUUGCUAUAUUUUGUCGAUUAGUUAAAAAAUAUGACUUUUUCUAUAGGCGUUUUUAACACACACACAUAAUAAGCAUAUUUCUUUUUUGCAGGGAAACACAUUUUCUAUGAAAUGUCAAAAACGUCUAUAAAAAAGUUAUAUUUAGUAUCCAAUAUUGGCUAAAAUAUUACAAUAUGAUUCAUAAAGGCUUUUUUAGUAUUGUUUUAUCUAUUUCCUUAGAUAUACAAUGUUUUAAUCUUGACAAUUAUGCAUACAAAUUGUACAGGUUGACCAAAACUGACCAUAUGCCUGAAUGGAGAACUUGAAUAUUCUAGCGCCUCUAGUGGUCACCAGCUAAAACAUUCAAGAUGACAACACCCCUAAAAUUCCUUCUAUAGAUUUGUUCUAACAAAAACAAUAGGUUGUCAAACUUUACCCAGACAUGUGAGCAAAAGUCUUAACGGAGGCUUUUUUAUAAAGUUGCCCCUUGACUAAUACCACUUUGUCCCACUGGAGGCGCUCUUCGUUUUGUCUUCGUCUCUUACCAUGAACUGAUAUGCUGCCACCAUGUGGCCGGGGCUGGUACUGCACCAAAUACUCACCACCUACUUUAUCUGAUAAAAUGGAUUUAUCCUUUUUAUUGUGGGCAAAAUAAAUCCAUUCCAAUUUC